AUGGACACUGGGGACGACUCCUUCGAUUUCAACCCGCGUAGCUUUGAUUUUGACUCGGAUAUUAGCCCAUUCGAUGGUAUACAGUUCACGUACCAGCAACUGAAUGCUGCCGACGACUCGGAUGAAGACGACUCGGAGGACGAGCUGGGUGGAUCAAAGCACUCGGAAUCUCCUUUGUUUUUGCCUACGGUUAACACCGCCGACCUAGGCUCCUCGCUUGCGCAAAGGGCUGCAGCUUGUCUCUACUACAUGGCAUCACAAGGAUUUGACCUGCCGGGCUUUCUGUCUUGCGUGAGCUGGGGAGAUGCGGGAUGCAUUCAACACCCAGCUAUUCGCGGUGCUCGGACCGCUCUCAUGAACAGCGACAAGCUCCCUGGGAUUCUCAAGAACUGGUGGAUGCCAAAUCGUCCAAGUGGCAGUACAAAGAAACGACCUCGUGCUGCUCGCGGGGUGAUGGAGGCUUUUGGCUUUGAAGUUGUCACAGCUACCCUAGAGAAAGAACUCGAAGAGAUUAGCGACAUGACCCUUUGCCCAUCUGACGAGCUUUCGGCUGAUGGCCUCACCUCCUUCACAAUUGACGAGUGGAAGGUUCGGCUGAGUAGUCCUGGCAUAGGGGGCACACCUCGCCUCUGGUCUCUUCUCUAUGGACUUUCUCGUACGCACCAACAAGAGAGCCGAGAUGUUCAGAGACAACCGGACAUGAUGGUUGUUGCAACAAUCAUGCAGAUCAUGUAUUCCCGCUCCCAGAGUCAUAACAAAUGGCAGAAGAUGUUGACGACACAUCUACGAUCACAGAAUAUUGGAGCAAAAUCACUUGAUCUGCUGCAUAGUCUCGGUAUUACCAUGUCUCACAAGUGGAUGUCUCGUGCUAUCAAAACCAUCUCCGAGAAUACCUUAGCUGAAGUCCGAAAGCGUAUCGAAGAAGGAGAGGACUUCACCAUCACUCAUGACAACUUGAACCUUGCAUUCAAAGUGUUCAAUCAGCGCAUCAACAACCAGACUCACUUCGACAGUGGUACAUCAGCUACGGCCUAUUUCCAGCCAGAUGCUCCGCCUCAGCUUCCUCCGCUGUCCAACCGCACUUUUCAAGAGUUUCGUCAAGAGGCACGAAGGCAGGGGCCUCUGUCCAUCCAGGACAUAUUCAACCUUGACCGGGAGGCUGCUGCUCCACGCCGUCAACGAGAUAUGCAUCGCAUUUUGUCCUUCUUGUUCUCAUCGACAGAUUUUGAGUACAAGACUUACAGUGGACGCGAACAUUCACUCUUAUCAAAGCCGCCUCCGGUACAACAGCUAUCUACAGGUCCUCAGUAUCGCACCGAGAAGCAGAUUCUAGGCACGGUUCACAUUGAAGAGGCUAGUUAUAAAGGCAAUGAGAAGGUGAUCGAUCACUUUCUCCGCAUCUUGGGCUUGGCAAACACCAACGAGAAGCAGCGACAGAUGGGCAUGGAUAGAGUUAUUGUAUGGGGAGGGGAUCAGCUGACAGCGGAACGCUUGCGCGGCCUUAUCGCAAGGCAUGCAUGGGAUGAUAACUCUUUUGAUCGCCUCGACUUCCUUGUUCCAGUCUUUGGAUGGUUUCAUAACUCUAUGACAUUUGCAGCUUCUUUGCACAAGCAGUAUCUAGGUACAUGUGCUGGCCGUGGUCUCCGUCACUCAUUCACGAUCCUCAACCGCAAAGGCCUCGACUCCGUAAAAACUCGAGGCUCAUUUCACCAACAGCUUGACGAGGCCAUUGUUCACAUUACGGAGGCCAGGUUUUGGGACUGCUGGCGUGUCGUAACAGGUGUUGACGACCUGGCAGAGCUCCGGGAUAAAUCCCCGGAACGGCUAUGCGAGUUUGCGGAAGAGAUUCUUGAUAAGCUGGCGUCGACCUCGGUGAUAGAAGACUGGGACUUACGGGAUGAUGAAGAUAAAGAUGAGAUCUUUCGCGAAUCAGUUCUGUGGAACUGUGAUGCGCUGCGGUACAUUGAUCUGCACACAGCAAUUAAGGGUGGGGAUGUGGGAGUCAUGGAGGCGACGCUUCCGUACCUGCUAUUUCGAUAUGCAGGUGGGGGGAAUAGCCGAUAUGCUAUUGAGAUUCUGGAGCUGUUGCACUGCAUUCAUCGUGAAUGGCCACCAGAGUUGAAGGACUUUGUUCAGCGCCGAGCAUGGCUAGUCAACCUUACCGGGCAGCCUGGAAAAUGGCACCCGGUUGAUCAGGCACAAGAGCAUAACAUCAAGGACCAAAAGGUUACGUACUCGAUGGAUGGACCAAGCGCGUCAUGGGAGGGAAUGAACAAGAUUGGUCCUGCGGUGUCAACACUCGUCAAGGUACGUCGGCAUAUGGAAAAACAGAUACGUACCUUAAGGCGAGGGGUCACACACUCCAAACCCUCGAAGACAGAAGACGUGAAGCGGCUGGAGAACACGUUCAGGUCGUCGCGAGUCAAUGAGAAUAAAGGAGGACGUACGGCCCCUACACCAAGCGAUCGGGUCGUAGAUGUUGUGGGAGAGGGCGCGAUCCAUUUGUUCCGGCGCAAGACAAUAGCGAGAUGGUGGGAGAACCGCAACCUGCGACGAAAAACGACAGAGAUCUGGGAUUAG